GUUUGGGGCAGUGGUUCAAGGUUAUGCUAGGAUUCUGCGUGGGCGGGCUUAUAUCUGAGGAGAUGGAAGGUGGAAGUCAUUAUGGAUGAGGCGUCUACUGUCCAACUUUAUGUACCUGGAUGGCGGUUUUGCUUGUACGACUACAAUUACGUACCUUCCAGUGUUCCUACCUCCUGGAGUUCGAUGACGUCGCGAUCACGGGUUAUCGUGAUUGGAGACUAAUUAUUCUCCAUGACGGGACGCACCCAUUCGUCACAUUCGCCACCAGCAAACCCGUUCGCCCAACCAAUAGCUCUCUGCUUAUGAAACUCCAGUGGUGGAAUUCGCAGCCUCGCCAUACUGUACAUACCCGUACAUAGCAUGGGCCUUACUGGCCAUGCUAUUCCCUCGACAUUUUCCCUAUCCCCACGCAGAGCACGGUGCCCCGCAUGUCCGCCACCAACGGACCUCAGCCAGUGAAGCUAUCACUACCGCUUGAGUAUCAACAACACCUCUUUCAAGAGCUUAGGGCCGAGGAUGAGCUCGUCAUCCUUGCGCGAGGCCUCGGCCUCAUGCGGCUCGUCACGAACCUCCUACACUCCUACGAUGCGGCCGGCAACAACCUGAUCGUCAUAGUUAACGCGGAAGAUCGAGAAAACGCAUGGAUCGGAGAAGCCCUUGCCGAACAUGCCGCCAUCAGCAUGUCCCCCAAGGCGCGAGGGUUGACAGUCGUCAAUACCGAUUUCACGAGUGUCGGCGCCCGAGAGAAGAUGUAUGCGCAGGGGGGGAUAUUCAGCAUCACAUCCCGCAUCUUAGUCGUCGACCUCCUCACGAAUCUCCUGGACCCUGUGACGAUCACCGGCGUCAUUCUUCUGCAUGCGGACCGAGUCGUUACUACAUCUCUCGAAGCAUUCAUCUUGAGGAUAUACAGGCAGAAGAACAAGGAUGGCUUUCUGAAAGCUCUCUCGGACAACCCAGACCCAUUCACGACGGGAUUCUCGCCCCUGGCUACCAUGAUGAGGAAUUUGUUCCUUCGGAAGGCAUCCCUGUGGCCUCGCUUCCACAUGACUGUCGCACAGUCAUUGGAGGGCAAGAAGAAGGCCGAGGUCAUCGAGCUGGAAGUACCCAUGACCGAUGCCAUGAAGGAGAUCCAGACCGCAGUUAUGGAAUGCGUGGAAGUCAGCAUCCACGAACUGAAGAAGGGAAACAGUGGUUUAGAAAUGGACGAUUGGAAUCUGGAUAGUGCUCUGUUGAAGAACUUUGACGUUAUUGUCCGAAGACAGCUCGACCCUAACUGGCAUCGAGUUAGCUGGAAGACCAAACAAAUUGUCAACGACUUGACAGUUCUCCGAGCUAUUCUUCAGUCUAUCGUGGCCCUGGAUGCUGUCUCGUUCCUCCAACAACUCGACACUAUCCACGCCGCACAUUCCCCUCAACCGGGGUCUACCAGGCAAACUCAGUCCCCGUGGCUGUUCCUUGAUGCGGCACAGACCAUAUUCGAUACCGCAAAACGGCGGGUCUAUACAGGGAAGCAGAAGGCCGGGCCAGAUACGAAUAUCGACUCCUUACGACCAGUGCUGGAGGAGCAGCCCAAGUGGGCUGUCCUAGGCGAAGUCCUUGAAGAAAUUGAUCGCGACCUGUAUUUCGAGCCCGUCGCUCGGGAUGACUCGAACGGCACGAUUCUCAUCAUGUGCUCGGAUACGAACACAUGCAGGCAGCUCCGCGACUAUUUACAAACCAUGCACGUGCGGCCAAGGACAGACAAGGUAGUAGAGGAGUUCCACGACCCAGAAGAGGAUAAGCCGUCUGCCGCUUUCAUGAUGCGUAGGAAGCUCCGCAACUAUCUGAAGUGGAAGCGAGAGUUUGCACAGGUCAGCGCAACUUUGUUCACAGAAAACCAGAGGGCUCUGAGCGGUGCCAUCGAUCCGCGGACUGGGCAGGCAAGGGGACGGGCGCCGGCAAACAAGAGGCGCCGAGUAAGGGGUGGCGGAAUGGUGGGCGGUGGCUCGGCUCGCCUGGAUAACGGCAGCCUUGCGCAGUACUUUGAGAAGCCGGGCGAGGUGGCAGAUCUCAUCGCCGAGGUGCAAAUCACAGAGGAAGAAGCGAAGCAAAAGGAGGACAUUGUCGCCGAUCCCCUUGAGGACAUGGACGAUUACUACCAGAUGUACGAGAUGAAGGACCUUGUCGUCAUCCACGCCUACGACGGGGACCAAGACGAACAUGUGCUCGAGGAGGUCAAGCCAAAGUACAUCAUCAUGUACGAGCCCGACGCAUCGUUCAUCAGGCGCGUAGAGGUCUACCGGUCCUCGCACAACGACAGGAACGUCAAGGUCUAUUUCAUGUACUACGGGGGAUCCGUCGAGGAGCAGCGGUACCUGUCGACCGUUCGGAGGGAGAAGGACUCGUUCACCAAGCUGAUCAAGGAACGGGCAAGCAUGUCGCUCGUGAUGACGCUGGACGCUCACGGCGUCGAGGACCCGCAAGAGGCCUUCCUCCGGACAGUCAACACGCGCAUCGCGGGUGGCGGCCGACUGGCGGCAACCGCGCAGCCGCCGCGUGUGGUGGUGGACGUGCGCGAGUUCCGCUCGUCGCUGCCGUCCCUGCUCCACGGCCGGUCGAUGGUCAUCGUGCCGUGCAUGCUGACGGUGGGCGACUAUAUCCUCAGCCCGAGCAUCUGCAUCGAGCGCAAGUCGGUCAGCGACCUCAUCAGCUCCUUCAAGGACGGGCGGCUCUACAGCCAGGCCGAGACCAUGUUCCAGCACUACAAGUCGCCGAUGCUGCUCAUCGAGUUCGACCAGAACAAGUCGUUCACGCUCGAGCCGUUCGCCGACCUGUCGGGCUCCCUCAGCAGCGUCAGCGCCGCCAACCCGGGCGCGUCGGACCUGCAGAGCAAGCUCGUGCUGCUGACCCUGGCCUUCCCGCGGCUGCGCGUCAUCUGGUCCAGCUCGCCGUACGAGACGGCCGAGAUCUUUGAGCGCCUCAAGGCCCAGGAGCCGGAGCCGGAUCCCAUCGCGGCGGUGCAGGCCGGCCUCGGUGGGGGGGCUGCGGCCAUGGCAGUCGACGAGCAGCCGUUCAACAUGGAGCCGCGCGAGAUGCUGGCCGCGGUGCCGGGGGUCACGCCCAAGAACGUGGCGAACCUGACGCUCGAGACGGAGAACGUCAAGGAGGUGGCUAACAUGGCGGUCGAGGAGCUGGAGCCGCUUGUCGGGCGCGAGGCGGCGAGGCAGAUACAUGGGUUCUUCAAUAAGGAUUUGAUUGAGGAUGACGAUUGAGUGGGUUUACCUUGAUGGGCCAUGGGUUUUUUGAGUGCCUUGAUGACAAGUGAUGACACGGGGUGGAAUGAAUUGAGUGGGUUUACCUUGAUGGGCCAUGGGUUUUUUGAGUGCCUUGAUGACAAGUGAUGACACGGGGUGGAAUGAAUACCUCGAUGUACCACUAGAUAAAGAGUUUAGGGGCAAUUCAUGUACUGGGAGCUACAUGCUUGGUCGGGGUUCAAGAUCGAGCAGUUCCACUUCUGGAUAUCUCUGUUCUUCUCUCAAGUUACCACCAGGACGGGUGCAUGGCAGACUCCGUCCAGUCGAUGGGUCUGUGUGUCACGGGAUCUUGUAAGAUUGAUUGCAGAGAUUGAUUGCAGAUUGAUUGCAAUCAGAUGAGAUAAUCUGGCAAUGCCUCCCUCCUGUUUCAGAGUGAGGUGCCGCAACUCUGCAACCAUCACAAUAUUGAACCAUAUGGUGGAUAGUAGCACAUCCAUUGUGAA